AUUAGGGGAUGCGUUUAGAUGGUUGGCUGGAAAUCCUUCCCACAAACUGGAUAUAAUGGCUUAGUAUGGUUAACAUGAUUGUGCUUGCCGGUUUUUUGACAAUUGUUGCUCGGAUUGGAGUAUUUUCUCCUGUUAGAUUCAAUGCAUCAACUUGUUACUAUGAGACUGAUGAUUCUUCAUCACAGGGCCACACUCCUUUGAAUGCUGCUGAUGUUCCUACGCUGUUGGGAACCGGCUCCUUUUCACUUCUGAGUGAUGAUGUGAAAAAGGGAGAGAAUGAAGUGAGAUGGCCACCAGGGUUCAUGCGAUGGCCUCAUAUGUUAGCUGAUCAGGUGCGUGGGCUGGGCCUAAGGGAAAUCGGUGGAGGGUUUUCUAGGCAUCAUCGCGCACCGACUAUUCGGGCCGCUUCUUAUGCCAUUGUCAAACCAUCCACCAUGUUUCAAAAGAUGGAAAACCUUAAGAAACUUAGAGGCCAUCGGAAUGCUGUCUAUUGCGCAAUAUUUGACCGAUUAGGGAGAUAUGUUAUUACUGGUUCGGAUGACCUUGUGAAAAUUGUUCGACGGAAACUGCUCUAUGCUUGGCCAGCUGUCGCGGACACGAUGGUGACAUUACAGACCUUGAUGUGAGCUUCAACAAUUUAUUUAUGCGAAGAACUUGCUAAUACAGUGGAUAAAAGCGCUUUCAUCCAGCCCCUAUCUAUAUCUUGUAGCUGUCACUCCAAUGAAGGCCAAACAGACCCUGCUGAUGUUUUGCAGUAUGAUCUAAUGCAGGUCAAGGUUAGUACAAGUUUCUAUAGUAUGAUGUUUUGAUAGAUAACAUGAUUUUUGAUGUUGUCCUGGCACAAAUGUAGACCAUGUAAAAGAAUAAAUAAUAUAAGAGUUCUGUUGGUUCUUC